CCAAUAUAAGAGUCCUCUCUUCUUCCAGUGUUUCUUCUUCCCAGUUCAUCUCACAGUUGCCUCUGCUUCCUCCACUCCUCUAUUACAGCGCCAGAAGCGCCAGAAUGCCUGAGCCUAUGUUAACCGCCGACACAACUCUUCCUCAAUUCAUCCUCAGCGACACCAAUAACAACAAUCCCAUUGAAAACGAUGAAAACGAUGUCCUCUUCAACGAGCUCUUUGGCUCUUCCUACAAAAACAAGCUAAAGCUCUCCAAGUCACUCAAGCUCUCAAACAAGCCCAACCAAAAUGACAGCCAAAUUCAAAGAUCCCACUCUCUCGCAAUCAACAACAAAUCAAAUCUUAACUCCUCCAAUUUUUUGCUACCCAAAAUCUCAAAUGUUAACGAAAACUUAAAUAACUCCAAUCUCCAGAACUACGAUUGCUAUUCCAGUCUCAACAACGAAAACAUCGAUCUAAUCAACGAAAUUGAUGACGAUAAUGAAAGCAUAAACGAUUUCUUGCAAUUCCAAAUCAAUGAGCUUGCCAAAUUUAAAUACAGGCCCCCAAACUAUUCCCCUUUGCUUUCCUUCUCUAACCAAAAUUUAAGCUCAACUAACCUUAACAAUAGCAACAAUAACAACAACAACAACAACAUAUCAAAUAAUCUAACUAACAAUCUUGAUAUAAAAAACGUCCACAUAAUUAACAACAAUAAUAACACCAUCACUCAAAAGUCGAAAUUCACUUAUAAUAAUAAUAUUCAAAAAAAACUAUUUAAUAAAAUCAGUAAAAAAAAUGAUAUUACCAACACUCAUCCUCUAUCACUAAACACAAACAUGCUCAAUAACCUCAACAUCACCCCAAAUGCUAUCGAAAAACCAAAAUUACCAAAAGUAUUAACUGAAACUGCUUUACUCCAAUACAUUCAUAAACUUAACAACUACCAAUCUCAAAAAUCAUUAUCUCCCUUAAUCUUUCACAAUAAAAGCAACCCAUCCUCUCCAAUCACCAACAAUCUAUCUCAAAACUUUCACAAUAAUCCUCAUCAAUUUUUCCUUAAAAUCAAUCACUCAACUUCUGAUUUUUCAGCUUCCUCAAAUUUAAUCUCAAAUAAAUUCACUGCCAAUAAUAUCAUUAAUGAUGAUGCUACUUCCCUAUCAACUUUUUCUUCUUUAAAUUCUCCGGUCUCUUCCUCUUUUAAAAAUAAAAGAAAAAAUUCUUUUAAAUCAAAAUUCCAAAAUAACCAUUUUUUCUCAAGUUUAAAAAGAAAAUUAUCCAUAAAAAACAUCAGCAACACUAAUCUUAAUACUGUUUAAUAACAUUAAUAAUACCAAUAAUAUUAAUAAUACCCUUGGUUUUCCAUCCAGCUAUUUACUCUUAUCCUCACUUUUUGUUCUCAAUGUACAUUACAAUCAUAUCCAUUUUAUAUCUUAUAUUUUAUUUACCUCUCCUUUCACUUUGCUAUUGAACUAUUGUUAUUUACUUAUUACAUUAUCAAUUUAUCAUUCUCUUCUUUCUUUCUUACUCUCUCUUACUCUUUCUCACUCUCUCUUACUUUCUCUUACUUUCUCUUUUUGUUUUUUUGUUUUUUUUAUCUUAGGUCUUAAUUACUUAUUCUUACUGUUGUUGUAUUUAUUAUUUGUACAUUACUUAUCUGCUCUACGUUGGGUUAUUUGCUUCUCAAGUGUUUGGUGUUUACAAUUGGCUUUGUUUUCAUUAAUAUCUAUGUUCUCUCUCUCUCUCUUU